CGGCGUCGGCGUCGGCGUCGUCGUCGUGGCCGUCCUCGUUGCCGGCUAAAGCGGCACCAGACCGUACACGCAGCACCCAAAGCCAGACUCCGCCGCUCGGUCCAGUUUGCCUUCCGCUCUCGUUUGGCGUAGUACCGCGUAGACGAGGCCACGUCUCGCGCGACCGACCCAUGCUGCGCGACCCGUGGACAACGCGACAUCGAUAAUACCGUAAAACGCCGCCCUGUGCCGUUUCCCCAUUUAACAACAACGUCGUGCGAUCGUCGUCCUCCUUCCUUUUUAUCCACCUCGACCGAGGAUUCGAGGCCGGAUGGAUAACUCGCGUGGGACUAAUACGACGAUACGAAGACGGUCUCGCGGUGGUGGAUUAAUCGCGGUGUGAGAGAAAGGGUGACACGGGGGUGAUCCUUUUUUUUCUUUUCUUUUUUCUUUUCUUUUUACCCCUCUCCUCCUCCUUCUCCCGCGAUUGUUUCUCCCUCGAUUGUUGAGCAAGAGUGGUCCGUGGUGCCCGUGGAGGGAGCUGAGUGAGAUUCAUGUACAUUCGUCAGUGGUUCCUGUGGUCAACGUGAUCUCGUAAAGCGGUGUGAGUCUCCACGGCAGAAGGGAGGAGGCGCAGGCUCCCAGGCGGGGGGCGCGGGGGGUGGCGGUGGCGUCGCAGGCGGAGGGAGAGACGGUGGAGCGGACCGGAACCGGAAAUGGCUGCGAGGUGGCUCCUGCUGGCGCUCCUCGCCGCCCACGCCGCGGCUCUUCCUGAUAUCAUUAGGAUAGGUGGGCUGUUUCAUCCGUCGGACGACAAGCAAGAAGUGGCCUUUCGUUAUGCCGUGGAAAAGAUCAACGCCAACCGGGAUAUCCUGCCCAAGUCCCGUCUCAGCGCCCAGAUUGAGCAGAUAAAACCGCAGGACAGUUUCCACGCUUCGAAGCGAGUGUGCCACUUGCUGCGAAGCGGGGUGGCGGCGAUUUUUGGGCCGCAGAGCGCGCACACCGCCUCCCACGUGCAAAGCAUUUGCGACACCAUGGAGAUUCCGCAUCUGGAGACACGUUGGGACUACCGGCUCAGACGGCAGAGCUGUCUCGUCAACCUCUACCCGCACCCCACCACCCUCUCCAAGGCGUACGUUGAUCUGGUGAAAGCCUGGGGCUGGAAGAGCUUUACCAUCAUCUACGAGAAUAACGAAGGGCUGGUGCGUUUGCAGGAGUUACUGAAGGCACACGGACCCAGUGAAUUUCCUAUUACGGUCAGGCAGCUCAGCGAGGGAUCUGAAUAUCGGCCGCUGCUGAAGCAGAUAAAGAACUCGGCCGAGUCGCACAUUGUACUGGAUUGCUCCACGGAGAGGAUUUACGACGUGUUGAAGCAGGCGCAGCAAAUAGGGAUGAUGAGCGACUAUCACAGCUACCUCAUCACCUCUCUGGAUUUACACAGCGUCGAUCUCGAGGAAUUCAAGCACGGCGGGACCAAUAUCACUGCCUUUCGAUUAGUGGACCCGGAGAAACAGGAUAUACAAAAAGUCGUGCAAGAUUGGAUCUACGGGGAGAAGCGUUAUAAUCGUGAGCUCGAUAUGGGGCAGAGCUCCAACAAGAACAACCUCACCUGCAUAAAGACUGAAACAUCGUUAAUGUACGACGCUGUGCACCUAUUCGCGAAAGCGUUGCACGAUUUGGAUACGUCCCAGCAGAUCGACAUCAAGCCACUCUCGUGCGAGUCAACCGAUACCUGGCCUCAUGGGUAUUCGCUCAUCAAUUAUAUGAAAAUCGUUGAAAUGACAGGGUUGACGGGGACUAUCAAAUUCGAUCAUCAGGGAUUCCGCUCGGAUUUUAUCCUCGACAUCAUCGAGCUGAACAACAAAGAAGGAUUGAAGAAGAUAGGGACUUGGAACAGCACGAAGGGAAUAAAUUUUACGAGAAGUUACAAGGAGGAGUACACUCAAAUCGUGGAGAAUCUUCAAAACAAGACUUUUAUCGUAACGACUAUACUGAGCGCCCCAUACUGCAUGAGGAAAGUUUCGAGCAACAAGCUGGUCGGAAACGCACAGUUCGAGGGAUACAGCGUCGACUUGAUUUACGAGAUAUCGAAGAUCCUCGGCUUCAAUUACACGUUCCGGCUGGUGCCGGAUGAACGUUACGGGUCCUACAACAAAAAGACGAAAGAGUGGGACGGUAUGAUGAAAGAACUGUUGGAUCAGAAGGCGGAUCUAGCGAUCGCGGAUCUGACCAUCACGUACGAUCGGGAACAGGCGGUCGACUUCACCAUGCCGUUCAUGAAUCUGGGGAUCAGCAUACUGUAUCGUAAGCCUAUAAAGCAGCCACCGAAUCUCUUCUCAUUCCUCAGCCCGCUCAGCCUCGAUGUUUGGAUUUAUAUGGCGACAGCUUAUCUAGGCGUAUCCGUGCUGCUCUUCAUACUAGCCAGGUUCAGCCCCUACGAGUGGGAGAAUCCCCAUCCGUGCAACGGACAAUCCGAGGUCCUCGAGAACGAGUUCACCCUGAUGAACUCGCUCUGGUUCACCAUAGGCUCGCUUAUGCAGCAAGGCUCUGAUAUAGCGCCGAAGGCCGUGUCAACGCGGAUAGUGGCGGGUAUGUGGUGGUUCUUCACUUUGAUCAUGAUUUCUUCGUACACUGCCAACUUGGCCGCGUUCCUCACCGUCGAGAGGAUGGAUUCGCCGAUCGAGAGCGCCGAGGAUCUUGCAAAGCAGACGAAAAUCAAAUACGGAGCUCUCAAAGGAGGCAGCACCGCGGCCUUUUUCAGGGAUUCCAAUUUCUCGACGUACCAGCGCAUGUGGUCCUUCAUGGAUUCGGCAAAGCCGUCGGUAUUUACAACGAGCAACGUCGAGGGUAUGGAACGAGUGAUCAAGGGUAAAGGCAGUUACGCGUUCCUAAUGGAAUCCACCUCCAUCGAAUACGUAAUCGAGAGAAACUGUGAUCUUACCCAAAUCGGUGGCCUCUUGGACUCGAAGGGAUACGGGAUAGCCAUGCCCCCGAAUUCACCGUACAGAACGGCCAUAAGCGGAGCCAUACUGAAGCUGCAGGAAGAGGGCAAGUUACAUUUGCUGAAGACUCGGUGGUGGAAGGAGAAACGUGGCGGAGGAUCUUGUAGGGACGAUAUCUCGAAGAGCAGCUCGACGGCGAACGAGCUGGGAUUGGCGAACGUCGGCGGCGUGUUCGUGGUGCUGAUGGGCGGUAUGGGGAUCGCUUGCGUGAUCGCGGUAUGCGAGUUCGUCUGGAAAAGCCGGAAGGUCGCCAUCGAGGAACGGAAGCAGAAAUCCUCGGGGAAACCGAUCUGCGAAGCUUUUACCGAUCUACACUAGCGGACGAACUUGUAGGGAUACGUUUGAUAUUUGAACCAAAAAAUAAAAAAAAAAAUAUAUAUAUAUAUAUAUACAUAUAUAUAUAUAUAUUAAAAUAAAAAGAGAGUGAGAAACGAAACGAUAGAGAAAGAAACAGGCAAAACUGAUUCCUAUGCCCGAGAAAAGCGUAUCUGACCCGACGGACCUAAGGAGGAACUCCACCACCAGUGAUCGAGAAAAUUGUGUGAGAACAGAAACAAACUGUAAAAAAAAGUUGAAACGAAACGAAAUAAUCAAAAAAACGAAAAAACAAAAAAAAAAAGAAGGAGCAACGAUCCUCGACCUUUCCAGUUUUUUUCUCUUAACCCCCUCCCAUCUCGAAAAUCUCGACAAUCUAAACGUUAUCGAUGGGACACACUGGUCAAUCGAUAUAUAUAUUAUCGGAUAACGUAUGGUGUCGUUGGAAUUUCAUUAAGCAGAGAGAAAGAGAGAGAGAGAGAGAGAGAGAGAGAGAGGGCGAAGGAGGAAUGAGAUCAAAAAGAUAAGGAAGGAGAAAGAAAAGAGAACGGAAAGAAGAAGAACGAGAAGAGAGUUCGAAAGGAAUGUUUGAUUUGGAGAGAAAAAAAAAGAAAGAUCGUUUUCUUUUCGUCCGUAACCUCCCCUAAUUAACGAUGGUGAAAUGGUGCAGAUAUUGAAAUUGGAAAGGUCAACGCGUUUGCCAUUUGCUCAUAUCAAACCUUUUUAGAUUAAUUGACGACCGACUUGAAGCCUCGCAGCGAGAAAUGGAAAAAUGGUAUCUAUAUGGACGGAUUGUUGUGAAUGAAAGGGCAAAAAAAAAAAAGAAAGGAAAGGAUAGAGAAAAAUUAUAGACGCGGCGUGGCUUCUUUUUUUUUUUUCCUUUUCUAAUGGACUCUUCGCCGCGAUCGCGACUGAAUCAUCGUGCUAUUUACACAGUAACGAACUAUUUACACACGAAACAAUCACCGAUUUUAUACCGACUUAGAUUAAUUAAUGUAUAGCGUCAGAUUGAUAACAUUUUAUUGUAUGUAAAUAUUGCGUAGCUCAAAGGAGGAUGAAUCGAUGAAUUCGCGAGGGAGCGUGCACGCUUAUUUCUUAAAACGAAAUGAGAAUAAUGAAAAGAUGUAAGCGGAAAAUAUGAAAUAUGAGGGAAAACGCGGCAAAAGCCUGAAUAUCGAAUUACGCGGUGUAUAUAAGAAAAUUUUUUUUCCAAUGCACACCGGAAACAAGCCUGCACACUCCUCCAGUGAUUGAGGAUAAACUCCGAUUAUUGCGAUAGACGAUAAUUCUAUAUGUCUCGAUUCGUAUAUAAAAGAGAAAAAAAAAUAAAGAAAAAAAAAAGAAAGAAAGAAAGAAAGAAAAAAAAAACUUUGUACGAUAGGAAAAGAGUACACAAAAAAGUGGUCGCAAUCGAUACGUAGGUGUUAAAGAACGUUAAACAUGUUUUGGAAAGGGUACGCGCACGACGUGUGACAGUUUAGUAUGACAUUGUUAGUUGUGUCGCAAUGUUUCUUGCCUCUCUUUCUCUCCCGCCAUUGGAUACGCAGGAGGUGAGCAACUCUUUUCUACUAUUGUCUCUAUCUCUGCUACUCGUUGUGUCACAGCACUGGUCCGAUCGACGGAUGAUCGUAGAGCAUGAGAUAUAUAUAUUUUCUUUUUCCCGAACGAACGAUACUUUCUUUUUUCUGUCGCGUUCGAUAUAUACCGCAAUGAUGGAAAUGGAAUUAUUAAAAGUAUACAGAAUUUUUAUGAGAGGCGAUUAUCUUUGAUUCGAUUGAUUUGUUUAAACGUUGUUAUACCUGUUGUUAUAUAUGUAUAUAUAUAUUUUAAACGAAUAAUGUAUAUCACAGAGAAGUUCGUGAAAAGAGAGAUGUUUCCAUUUCCAUCUAAGGUGUCGUUUCACUGUUAUUAAUUGAAAAGGAUAAAAAAGAAAAAGAAGUAAUUCUUGUUGCGCAAGUAUGAUGUGAUUACAAUCAUUUUUUCAAUUCUUUGUUAUCCCUUUUUUGCGAACUGAAUUUUUCUAAUUGAUUAUCACUAUUCAUUUUGCCUGUUUACAGCUUGGAUGUCUCGUUUUUUCAAGAUUUAUUAAAAAUAAAAAUGUGCAAACUGUUGUUAUAUUAAAUUAUUUGAGUUGAAAAGAUCGCACGAAUAAUAAUAAGAAACAUACUGUCCACAUAUUUUGCUUGAUCCUUUGUACUCUUUCUUUCUCAUCUUAUCCACAGCUUUUAUUAAAAAUAAUAUUAUUAAUCGAUGUCGCAUGCAUGUGUUUAAACGGAUUAUUUCUUUAUCUCGACAAUGUCAGCUUCGUGCCAUGACGCGUCGUACGAACAGAUUUCUCGAUCCGAUUCGAAAUUUUCCUUCUAUCGUACCGAGUCACACUUCAACUCUCGAUUUUCAAUAGCGAUUCCAUUCACGAUUCAUAAACCUAUAACGAUAUUGGACGAUGAUCGACUGCCAUGUCUUUAACCCUUUACGUAUUGAUGCGUUCGGUGAUGGUUCAACGUAAAUCAACGAUUGAUUCACUGCCACAUCUUUAAUUCCGUCUAAAUCGAUCCAAUAGAACGUGCCUCUCUCUUCGAAAGAAGAUUGAGAAAAAGAUAUCCUUUAAACGAUAAUAUUCCCUUUCCCUCUCCACACUUAAAUAAUACGAACAAUUACCAACAAUAUGUAUAUAUAUAUAAUUCAAUAUAAAUUCUAACUCGAAGCGUUACACGUCGAUAUGAAAAUUUUGACGAAACGACGCAUUUCAAUCAAGUAUAAUCUCGUCUAAAAAAAAGAAAAAAAUUCGACACCGCGAACGUUUGCACGCGUCAUCGCAUAUGGCUGACGACGCCUUCCGCGAAGGAAGCAAGGAUAAAGAGGAUGCAGCGGUGGUUUGCUGGAACUUUCCAGAAAUCCGUGUGCUCCGAGAUGGCGAGCGAGCUGCGUUACGCGCUGGACUGCGGGAACGGGACGAAAAAGCCCGCGAAGAAGACGCUGUGCCGCCGCGAGAGGCAGCAAUCGAACCUGUCUAUCGUGUCCGAGGAGGGGAAAUAUCCGGCGUGCAACAAGUACAGACACUUCGUCGGUAAAGCGCCGUUAACUUGAAGCCUGGAUCACGAAGAGGAGGAGGAGGAGGAGGAGGAGAGGAUCGAGUUAAUUUUCGAGUCGCGGAUUCGAUGACGAACGAUGUGAAAGCGAUCGAUGGGAAGCCAACGAGGCGUGAAUCAAAAGUCCAGCGCGACAUGGAAACCAUCCACCCUUUCCUUUAUCUAUUUCUCUUUCACGUGUGCACGCGUGGUACAAGACUGGCUUUCUCUUCUCCAUUUUUUCCUUUUUCUUUUUUUCUUCUCUCUUUCUCUCUCGCUCUCUUCUUUGUGUUUGCAAGUGACGCGAACGAACGAACGAACGAACGAACGAGCAUGGCAGUUCUUCGACUAAUACUUUAUAGAGUGUACAAUCGUUCAGUCGUUAAUUGGAGCUCGCUGGAAUUUAUCGUACCGUGCGGGAGACAACGGCGCGCGCUGUUUGAGCGGAAAGAUUAACGAGCAGCUACGAGAUCCUUUGUCUUUCGUUGCGCCACUCGUGGCAAGAGAGGAGAGGGUGUCUCUUCUGGUGAACGGAAGAGGACGAGUACUCUAAACGCGGUGUAAACUCUCUCUCUCUCUCUCUCUCUCUCUCUCUCGUUUCGAAGUUGAAACGACGAUGAUUCCUCCUGAUUUGUUGUUUUAUGGACGAUUGUGACAAAGUAGGGGGAAAAAGGGGGUGGGGGUGGAAGGAGGGAGGGAGAUUGUAAAUCGAGGAUAUAUACAAUUUUAUCGUGGAAGAUAAUUCGUUUCAUUUUGAUUGAACGGUAUUUAAACGGUUAUUUUUGCGUUAAUCUCGAUCGUUUUAUUUGUAAUUUAUCGUUCGAGUCUUAAUUCAUACAGAAUUGAAAUAUUCGAAUAUUUCCAUGUUCCAUUGAACUGCUUUCGAGAUUCGAAAACAUUUCAUUUCAAAUAGAUUAAUAUAUAUAUUGGAAACGGGUAUGAGGCAGAGGAAAUGGCAUCGUUUGUUGGUAUCCUUGAUAAUUAUUUUCCACGCUCGCUCGCGCCGAUAAAUUCUAUUGUUGAAUAACAAUCCUCGUCAAAUACAUAUUUUAACCAACACUUUGCUUAAAUUAUAUUACGAAGCACACGACACGGGAUAAUAUUUUUUUCCUUUUUUUCUUCUCUCCUGAAACCUGUACUUCCUUCGUUUCCGCUCCAUGAAUUUAAAUCCCUCUAUUUAUUACUUGUAAAAUAUAUAUUUCCCAAAUAUAUAUUAAAGAUCGAUGUAAUCUACCUUUGCGCCAUUUAUUCCAUUAUUGAAAAUUGUAAAGGGAUUGAAUCACGCGUCGAUAUCUUCCGCACGAUAUCGCACGACAAAUUUAAUGAAUUUUUUUGACGAAUGUGCGAGAACUAUGGUAAAAAAGGGAGGGAGAGGGAGGGAGGGAGGAAGGACGAAUAGCGUGGAUUCGAUAUCGAUGCAACGCGAACAAAGGAACGUUGAAUCCAAUCGAUUUCGUUGUUGUCGAAGUAUAAGCGGUUCAUUUUCAUAAAGAAAGUACAUCGUGCAUCGGAGAAAUGAAAAAAAAAAAAAAAAAAAGAGGAUGAUCGAUACAAUUGUAUAAAUAUCUGUUAAAUGGCGAUGUUCGACGUACACCCGUUUAAUGUAAAUAAUCACACUCAUCGUUAAAGAUUUACAGAAUUAAACCAUCCACUCUAUUUGGGAUUGUAUCAUAGGAAAGGGGAAAAAAAAUUUGUUUUCAUAAAAAAAAUACGUCUUCGUUUAAAAUAUUCCGAUGCUGUAAGAUAAACCAUGUCCAUGCGUGCGAGCGUCCGUCGUAUACGUUUCGUCGAAUGUAGAUAGGAUAAGCGAUUUUUUACAUUUAUGUUUUAUGUACAGUUGAUCGUAGAAAGAAAAAAAAAUAUCCGGUUGAAUUUAUAUUUUUACUCGAAUUUCAAAGAAUUUAUACUAUAUAUUAUUUCGGAAUAAAGUCGGGUUUGGAUUGAUAUAAGGAUAUAAAGAGUUUUUAAUUUUAGCAAAAAAGACGCGUCAAGUGUAACUGGACAUUUUUCGAUCAACUAAAAAACGUAUAUACCCUCGUUCGUUAUUCCGUGAGAAUUCGAAUUUCAGUAUCUCGUUAUCGCAGAAUUUCAUCGGUCUAUCCACAUCUCCGUAUAUCCAUUAAUUCCGUGCCCGGUAUUAAUCCUUUGAAAUCCGUACGUUAAUUAAAAAUCAUUAUCAUAUAUAAAUACUUUUCUGCAAAUAAAAUACACAUACUGAAACUAUGUGAUAAAAUCAGAAUACAAUUCGCGUAAAAUAUCUUCAAUGCAUUCUUUUUUUGAACACUUUACGAUCGACGUGAGAUCCAACGUUCGAGUAAUUCUUUCCAAAAAGAAAAAGAAAUAGAAAAAAAAAGAAGAAAAAAAAAAUAAAAAAGAAUAAUUGAAAAUUGAAUUAAAUUUUCUCAUCCCUUCCAGUUGAGAGCAAAUUUCAUUCGAUGGAUUUGGUGACGCAACAAUGUUCCUUUCUCGAGCGUCCAACUUAUUCGAGGGAUUAAGCUGGUUAACGGAGUUAAUGGAAAGCCUGUUUGCAUCGGCGUUCAUGAACGCAACGGACUGAGCAGUAUUAAUUUCCGUCUUCCGUCUCUCCUAAGGCGUAAACACGCGCGAAUAUCGUACAUGCACAGAUGCCAGACCAACCACUCCGAAAUCAUCAAUUUCCUGAUGCGGAUAGAUCGGUGAAACGAGAUGAGAUUCGAAACUUUCGAUAACAUACCUUCCACGUGGCACGCGAUCGUGCAUUCCAUUUCUGAAAUUGUGCUAUGUACACAAUGACGAUGAAUUUUUUUCUUUUUUUUUUUUAUUUCUCUCUCGAUCUUUUUAUUCUCCUCUUCCCUUCGUCCUUUCCUUUUCAUUUUUUCCACGUGUAUGCGUAACGUCGACGUGUGUACACCGGAAUGGAAUCGUUUUUUUUU